AUGGCAUACAACAAAGCGUUCAACCCCGAUGCGUUGCCUGCUCACGCAGAGCCCGAGCAGGCGGCGCAAGCUCUCAGUCAAAUCGAAGCAAAUCGUAAACAAUUUCGUCCCAGCCCAAACCAGGCUCCUCUGAAUCCGGUCCCUCAGCAGCAGCCUCCGUCAGCUGCCGGCCGUCGUCCCUCCCCUGCGGGCAUCCCCCAAAAUUCCUAUCGACCGCCUCCUGGGCAAAUCAAUCAACAGCAACGCCCUAUACACAAUCAGCCUUACGUUGACAGCCAGUAUUCUCGCCUACAAUCACCCCCUCCAACGAGCUACGGCUACGCAGCGCGGCCCCCGUAUGAUCCUCCCGGCCCGCGACGAAGUUCGCACGAAACAAACCAAUAUCCGCCCAGGACACCUGCACCUCAAGAUCCUGAUACGGUUGACUUACAGCCUCUUUUCCGUGCCGCAAAUGCAUCAGGAACUGGGUCUCUCACGACGACGGAGCUGGGAUCGGCGUUGGUGAAUGCCGACUUCACCCCCUUUGAUGGCCGAACCAUCUCUUCGUUGAUGCGAAUGUUCACCAACUCUCCUCCAAACCAGCCCCAAGGCCCGACCAUCACCUACCAAGAGUUUGAAAAUCUUUGGCGCUUUCUAGCCGCCUGGCGCACUCUGUUCGAGAAAUUCGAUGAGGACAGGAGCGGCCGAAUAUCGUUGGCAGAGUUCUCCAAGGCCCUGACGGCGUUUGGAUAUCGGUUGUCGCCGCCUUUUGUCAACAUCCUCUACAACACCUUCAACGAUCGAAGCCCCAUUCAGGGCCAUGGCAUGAGCUUUGAUCUAUUUGUGCAGUCGUGCAUCAGUCUGAAAAGGAUGACCGACGUCUUUAAGAAAUACGACGACGACCGGGACGGUUAUGUCACCAUGAGCUUCGAGGAGUUCUUAACUGAAAUCCUGCGAUUGCGGGACUAA